AUGGAUCCAAAGCCGUUUCCCCAAUUGACACAAGAUCAAGAAAAUGAAUUAAAGUUAAAUGCUCAACAAUGGUCAUUAUCAAAUGGUUUAGUAAUGUAUCCACCAAAUUUUGAAUCAUUUCAAACAAAUGUGGCACCGAUAACAUUAUUUCCAACUCCAAUACCUAGAUCAAGUUUUCAACAAGCAAUAAAAGUACAGAAACUUUAUAAUGAGUUAUAUAUAAAUUUAAUAACUAAAAAUAAAUCAUGGUUAAUUGAGAUUUUAAAAGAUUUAGCUAAAUUUGAUCCAGAUUUCACGGGGAAAUUAUUUGAAAUCUACCAGAAAUCUACGACGGAAGAAAUAUUGCAACCACUCUCGUUGGGAAUUUUUAGAUCUGAUUAUAUGAUUGAUUCAAAAUUAAAUGAAAUUAAACAAGUUGAAUUUAAUACUGUUAGUGUUUCAUUUGGUGGAUUAUCUACAAAAAUUGGAGAAUUACAAAAUUUCUUGAAUUCAACUGGGUUCUAUGAUAAUAAAUACAAUUUUAAAUAUUAUGAUGAUGAAAACUUACCUAUAUCAGAUUCAAUUUCAAAAAUAGCUCAAGGUUUAGCACAGGGAAAUUAUUAUUAUAAUGACAAACAAGACAAUACAGAUACAAUUGUUUUAUUUGUGGUACAACCAAAUGAAAGAAAUUGUUUUGAUCAAAGAUUGAUAGAAUAUGAAUUAUUUAACAAGCAUAAAAUAAAGUCAUUUAGAGCAACAUUAGAAGAAAUAGAGGACGUUAUUACAAUAAAUGAUGACAAGGCAUAUAUAAAAUCAACAAUGGAUGAAAUUUCGGUGGUAUAUUAUAGAUCGGGUUAUGGACCAAGUGAUUAUGAAAUCAACCCAACAAAGACUUGGAAUUCAAGAUUAAAAUUGGAAAAAUCCAAAGCGAUAAAAUGUCCGUCUGUAUUAACUCAAUUAUCAGGAUCUAAAAAAAUUCAACAAUUAUUAACAAAUCAUGAAAUAUUACAAAAAAUAUUACCAAAUAUAACAAACGAUGAUUUCAAAGAAUUAAUUUCAACAUUUGUAAACAUUUACCCAUUUGAUGAUUCAGAAUUAGGUGCAAAAGCUAAAGAAUUAGCAUUUGAACAACCAGAAAAUUAUGUUUUGAAACCUCAAAGAGAAGGAGGUGGGAACAACAUUUACAAGAAAAACAUUCCUGAUUUUUUAAAAUCAAUACCUGAAAAAGAAUGGGGUGCUUAUAUAUUGAUGGAAUUGAUUGUCCCAAAAACUUUUAAAAAUAAAAUUAUGAGAAAUAAUGAAAUAUAUAAUGAAAAUAUAAUAUCAGAAUUGGGGAUAUUUGGUAAUAUCUUGUUUAAUGAAUCUACUGGAGAAAUAUUAGAGAAUGAGAAUUCAGGUUGGUUAUUAAGAUCUAAAUUUGAAACUAGUGAUGAAGGAGGAGUUGCUGCUGGUUUUGGAUGUGUUGAUAAUAUUUAUCUUUAUUAG